AUGGAUUACGAUUCAGAUGAUUUGGAUUAUUCAGAUAAUGAACAAGAAUUCAAUGAAGAUUCAUUGUCGAAUGAAGAUUAUCAACAAUUAUAUGAAACAUUACCAAUAUUAAAGAAGAAAUUACAGGACUAUAAUUCAUCAAUUCCCGAAAUUGAUUUAAAAGAAUGUUUGUAUGCUAAUUAUUUCAAUAUUGAAGAUAGUGUGAAUGAAAUUAAGCAGAAUUAUAAGAGUAUGUAUAAGUUUUUAGAAGGAAUUGACUUUGGAAGAUUGAGAGGUUGA